AUGCAAGGGAAAGUCAAGAGCACUGUCAUGGAGGUGGACGAAUGUGUCCACACCUUAACUGAGAGCUUUGAGCCCUUUGCGCCUGAAGCUCGCCCAGGCGAUCAGUUACUGGACCACUAUGCGGACCGUCUCCACUUUGACGAGCGUGAUCCUACUCAGGAUAGGCGCCCAUAUCUAGACGAGCUCAUCGCGAAAGCGAGGGCCGACCCACUAACAGUACUGGCUGCAACUGAUGGCUCUGUCCCUCAGUCUAACCAGUAUCAGGCGGCUUUGGCUGCUAUAAUCUACAAGGGACAUCGCGAGCUCAAGAGGACUCGCUAUGUCUCUGGCAGAGUUACCGCCCCAGAUGCGGAACUCAAUGCCAUCUCGUGUGCAGUACGCCUUGCUGUCAAGCAGGCAAACUGCCAGCAUAUUAUGGUCUUUACUGACUCUAUGGGCAGAGCCCAUAGAGCGGUUGACCCCGGUGUGCAUUCUGGUCAGGCUUUUAGCCUGUCAGUUUGUCGCGCUCUUCAAGAGUGGUUUGAGGUGGAUGAUUUCCACCGCAUCACCUUUGUCUACGUCCCAUCUGCUUUGCGGUGGGAUAUCCAUGGUGAGGCACAUAAAUAUGUCACCGAACUUAAAGCCAGGGUUGGACGUCACAAGACGGACAACUCCAUAGACGCGCUUCGCUCUCAAGCUGCGCACUCAGUCCUGGAUUCAUGGAAUUCCACUUUCCAGGAUCCAACUUACCGAGGCUCUGAAUUCUUAGAGCUUCAACAGCCUGACGGGCAGCUGCUACAGCCAUCGUACCUCAAUGGGGGACCUUGGCUUUCAACAUUUGGACACAGUAUCACUGAGUUCGCCCGCGUUUGCCGGUGUAUAACUGGCCACACGCCCAUUGGAGCGUAUUACCGUUGCUUCAAGAUCAAUGAGCCUCAUGGCUGCACUUGCAGUGCUGCUUUGCAGUCUUGCCAGCAUAUUCUCUUUCGCUGUCGCGAUCGCUACUCUGUGCAUUACCCCCGCUUUCUUGGGGACAUUGCAGCUUUUAUGAAGUACAACCCCACAGUGUUUGGCUUCAACCGGGACCCGUCAGGUGUUGGACAAUCGUUGUGGGCGGGGUUGUUCCUCCUUUUGGGGGAUUUAUGGUGA